AUGGCGGGCUUACAACGCUCCGCCUUCUUCGAGGCCAUCCAGAGGCACGACCCCGAACACACUGCCGUCGUCCACUCUCUCUCCGGCCGCGCAUUCAAAUACGGCUCGCUGUUACCCGAUGUUGCUGCCGCGAAGGACCGGUUACUGCGUGCCACCGGCAAGGACGAGAGUAGCAUUGUGGGCGAGCGGAUAGCGUUCUUGGUGGAGAAUAGCUACGACUAUGUAGUCACCCUCCUCUCAUGCCUCGCUUCCAACGCCAUAGCCGUCCCUCUCGCCCCCUCAUUCCCUCCAUCGGAACUUCGAUACAUCCUGAACCACAGCGAGGCCCUCGCGCUGCUGUCGUCCACCAAGUUCUCAAAACUCGCUCAAGACGUGCUCAAGGAAGGUCUGGACACCACACCCGUCAGCGUCGAUCUGGAAAAGAUCACGGCAGGCGCCCCGGACACCACUCCCGUCAUGCUCACAGGCGAGUCGUACGCCGCGGAGGGAGGCAUGAUGCUCUACACAUCCGGAACGACGGCCCGUCCGAAAGGUGUGCUCUUGCCGACCAUGGUGUUGGCGGCACAAGCCCACAGUCUGCUCGAAGCCUGGAAUUACGGCCCCGCGGACCACUUGUUGCACAUCCUACCUUUGCAUCACAUACACGGCACAGUCAAUGCGCUGCUUACACCUCUCCUCGCCGGCAGCACCAUCGAGUUCAUGUUCCCCUUCAACGUCGACAACGUGUGGAAGCGCUUCGCGGCACCCUUCGUGGACGCGAACAAGACCGACUCAGACGCGCACUUGACGAACGGCCACACCACCACCAACGACAACCCCGCCAACAAAAAACCCAUCACCUUCUUCACCGUCGUCCCCACCGUCUGGGCCCGCCUCCUGCAAACCCACUCCGCCCUACCCAUGGACAUCCUCAAAGCAAGCAAAGAAGCCAUCACCCGCAAACACCUGCGCCUCAACAUCUCCGGCUCCGCCGCCCUGCCCACCCCCACCAAAAAAGCCUGGUCCGAACUCUCCGCCGGCAACGUCCUCCUCGAGCGCUUCGGCAUGACCGAAGUCGGCAUGGCCCUCUCCUGCGGCUUGGCGGACGAAGACCGAGUGGACGGGUCGGUCGGAUGGCCGUUGCCGGGCGUGGAAGCGCGGCUGGUCGACCCGGACACGAACGAGCUGAUCGAAGUGGGUGAGGAUACUGCGGCGGAUGGGAAAGAACGGACAGGUGAGAUUCAGCUGAGGGGCCCCACCAUUUUCAGGGCGUAUUGGCGCAACCCGGAGGCCACGAAGAAGGAGUUCACGGAUGACGGGUGGUUCAAAACGGGCGAUAUCGCCGUCCGCAAACCCGUCCCCGGCGCGGGGACGGGUGCUAGUGGGAACUGGGCACGGGGGCCGGCGUAUUUCAUCCACGGCCGCAAAAGCGCGGAUAUCAUCAAAACGGGCGGGGAGAAAGUCUCCGCGCUCGAAGUGGAGCGGGAACUCCUCUCGCUGAGAGAAGUGCGCGAAGCGGCCGUCGUCGCUUUACCGUCCGAAGCCUGGGGCCAGAAGGUCGCGGCCAUCGUCGUCUUGAGUGGGGAGGGCAAGACGGCGGGGAAGGGGGGCAAGGAGUGGAGCGCGAUGGAUAUGCGGCGCGCGUUGAAGGAGCGGUUGGUGGCGUAUAAGAUCCCGCAGGAUUUGGUGGUGGUGGAGGGGAUUCCGAGGAAUGCGAUGGGCAAGGUGAAUAAGAAGGAGUUGGUCAAGGAGGUUUUUGGGGAUGGGGAGAGGAUUCGGCGGAGGAGUGUUAAUGUCAAGGAGGAGAGGGAGAGGGGGAGGGGGAGGGCGUGAGUGUUUCCGUGGUGACUGGAGGGGAUGAUGUUGGGAAAGAGGGGGGUUGCUUGAUGUGUAAAUGUAGUUUUGUACGAGUCACUUGGCUGGACGGAAAAGUAAUGUUGAAGCCACCUAGAAAUGUCUCCCCGCCUAUCUUUGACGGGGCUUCCAUGUGACCGCACAGACUGAUCCCCGCGUCCGCCACUCAUGGUGGGAGCCACAAGCACAGUCCGCUGAGAGAACUGCCGAAAACAGUACAAGAGAGCCUGGGGUCUCCGUGGCGGUACCGCAGUCGGUAUGGGCUCUUGCGCGUUCACCGACAAUG